UAUCUUACAGGAAUCUAAUGGGAUUUGGAAUCAUGAUAAAUUCUUAGAGGCUUGAGUUCCAAGCCACACCAAUCCACAAUCAAGAAAAAAAUCACAUACACACAAGAACAUGGUUGUUUCCCAACACCUUCUUGAACACACAGAAGAAGAAGAUGUGGAGAAUUCAACCCAAAACCCAGACACAAACACACCAAAACCGCCACAAAAGAAGCUAGCACUUCUCCCUCUAAUCUUCCUCAUAUACUUCGAGGUCGCCGGCGGCCCGUACGGCGAAGAAGCGGCGGUUGGAGCAGCAGGACCGAUCUUCGCCAUACUGGGCUUCACGGCGUUCCCUUUCAUAUGGAGCAUACCGGAGGCACUCCUCACGGCUGAAUUGGCCACAACUUUCCCCGGCAACGGUGGUUUUGUCAUAUGGGCUAAUGAAGCCUUUGGGCCCUUCUGGGGCUCCCUCAUGGGCUUCUGGAAAUUCUUCAGCGCCGUCAUAAACUUGGCUUCAUACCCAGUUCUCUGCAUAGACUAUCUGAAACUCAUGAUCCCAGCUUUAUCUUCUGGUAUCCCUCAUACUCUUUCCAUUUUCAUAUCAACCUUGUUUCUAUCUUUUUUGAACUACUCUGGCUUGGCCAUAGUUGGUUACUCUGCGGUGGCUCUAGGAGUUGUUUCUCUGUUACCCUUUUUGUUGUUGUCCUUGAUUUCAUUGCCCAAGAUUGAUCCAAGUAGAUGGUUAAGUUUUGGCCAAGAGGGUGUGAAGAAAGAUUGGACACUUUACUUUAAUACAAUCUUUUGGAAUCUUAACUUUUGGGAUAGUGCUAGUACUUUAGCUGGUGAAGUUGAUCAACCCCACAAAACAUUUCCAAAAGCUUUGUUUUUUUCUGGCAUGUUAACUUGUUUUGGUUACAUAAUUCCAUUGUUGGCUGCAACUGGUGCUAUGGAACUUGACCAGAAGAAUUGGUCUGGUGGAUAUUUUGCUGAUGUUGCUGAAAUCAUUGCUGGGAAAUGGUUGAAAUUUUGGAUGGAGAUUGGUGCUGUCUUAUCAAUUGUUGGUUUGUUUGAGGCACAACUUAGCAGUGCUGCAUACCAACUUCUUGGUAUGGCUGAUUUGGGAUUCAUACCAAAAAUAUUUGGUGAUAGAUCAAAGAAAUUCAAUACUCCUUGGAUGGGGAUAUUGGUGUCAACAAUUAUAGCAGUUGCAAUGUCAUUUUUUAGCUUCAACGAGAUUAUAUCAACAGUGAAUUUCUUGUACAGUUUGGGGAUGCUGUUGGAAUUUGCAUCGUUUCUUUGGCUUAGGAGAAAAUUCCCAUUAUUGAAGAGGCCUUUUGAAGUGCCAUUGGGAAUGAAGGGUUUGAUCCUAAUGUGCCUUAUACCUUCUUUGCUUUUGGUGUAUGUGAUGAGUGUUGCCACAAAAGCAGUGUUUGUUGCAAGUGCUUUCUUGACUUGUCUUGGGAUUCUUUUGUACUAUCUCAUGAAUCUUUGUAAGGCCAAGAUGUGGGUUGAAUGAAUUCUAAGUUCAAUUGGAGGUAUAUGAUUGAUGUAUGUAAUUAUCUGUUAUUCUUGUGGUGAUACAAAUUUGGUUAGUGAUUCUUGUCACACAAUAAUUAGGAUCGGUUGGUGGGUGUAUUGUGUUUAUUUGUAUGUAGGGUUCUGUAGGAGAAAUUGGAUUCUCCUAUGUCUAGGUUUAUUAUUUAUUUAAUACUUUGUAAAUUGGAUUAUUAUUGAAUUUUAGUGUUAAUUAUAGUAUCAUUUUUGUUUG